CAUGUUUAAACGGCAUCGGUCUCCUCCUCCGCCUCUGCCCCGCCUCGGCGCCUCCUCUUUGCAUUUUCCAUCUGCAGAGGCUCAGUUGAGAGUUGAGACUUGAGGCAGAAUCAUGGGAACUUCGGUGCAGGUUACGCCCCUCUGCGGAGUGUACAAUGAGAACCCUCUCUCAUACUUGGUCUCUAUUGAUGGCUUCAACUUUCUCGUAGACUGUGGCUGGAACGAUCACUUUGACCCCUCCCUCCUCCAACCUCUUUCGAGGGUAGCACCGACCAUAGAUGCGGUCUUGCUUUCACAUGCGGAUACACUUCACCUGGGUGCCCUCCCGUAUGCUAUGAAGCAGCUUGGACUUUCUGCUCCCAUUUAUUCAACAGAACCUGUGUACAGAUUAGGCCUUCUUACUAUGUAUGAUCAGUAUCUUUCAAGAAAGCAAGUAUCAGAGUUCGAUCUGUUCACACUAGAUGAUAUUGAUUCUGCUUUCCAAAGCAUAACCAGGCUAACAUACUCUCAAAAUCAUCAUCUCUCAGGCAAGGGAGAAGGAAUUGUGAUUGCUCCUCAUGUUGCUGGACAUCUGUUGGGAGGUACUGUGUGGAAGAUUACUAAGGAUGGCGAGGAUGUUAUAUAUGCUGUUGAUUUUAAUCAUAGAAAAGAAAGGCAUUUAAAUGGAACUGUUCUAGGUUCUUUUGUACGGCCAGCUGUUCUUAUAACUGAUGCCUACAAUGCUCUGAACAAUCAGCCCUAUAGACGACAAAAGGACAAGGAAUUUGGAGAUAUAAUGAAGAAGACUCUAAGGGCAGGUGGCAACGUAUUACUUCCUGUUGAAACUGCUGGACGAGUUUUGGAACUUAUUUUGAUAUUAGAAUCAUAUUGGGCUGAUGAAAGCUUGAGCUUCCCUAUAUAUUUUCUUACAUAUGUUGCAUCUAGCACAAUUGAUUAUGUGAAGAGUUUCCUUGAGUGGAUGAGUGACUCUAUAGCAAAGUCCUUUGAACAAACUCGUGAGAACAUUUUUCUUUUGAAGUAUGUCAAACUCAUAGUUAACAAGAGUGAUCUUGAAAAUGCUCCUGAAGGGCCAAAGGUUGUUCUAGGAUCCAUGGCAAGUUUGGAAGCAGGAUUUUCUCAUGAUAUCUUCGUUGAAUGGGCAAAUGAUGUAAAAAAUCUUGUGCUUUUUACAGAAAGAGGCCAGUUUGCCACGCUAGCUCGUAUGCUUCAGGCUGAUCCACCUCCAAAAGCUGUCAAAGUCAUUGUGUCCAAGAAGGUUCCUUUGGUGGGGGAGGAGCUAAUUGCCUAUGAAGAAGAGCAAAAUCGGAUAAAGAAGGAGGAAGCUUUAAAAGCUAGUCUUAUCAAGGAGAAAGAGUUGAAGGCAUCUCAUGGCACUGAAAAUAAUACUAGUGAUCCAAUGGUCAUUGAUGCUGGAAAGAGUCAUGCUUCACAAGAAGGUUCACGGGGUGGUGGAUUCCGGGAUGUGUUCAUCGACGGAUUUGUUCCACCUUCGACGAGUGUUGCUCCAAUGUUCCCCUGUUUUGAAAAUACAAUAGAGUGGGAUGAUUUUGGUGAAGUUAUAAAUCCAGAUGAUUAUGUAAUCAAUGAUGAAGACAUGGACCACACAGCAAUGCAUGUAGGGGGUGAUGUGGAUGGAAAACUAGAUGAAGCUGCUGCAAGUUUGCUAUUUGAUACAAAACCAUCAAAAGUCAUAUCUGAUGAAAGAACGGUGCAAGUCAGGUGUUCAUUGCUUUACAUGGACUUUGAGGGGCGUUCAGAUGGGCGAUCUAUUAAAAAUAUUCUCUCUCACGUCGCCCCCCUCAAGCUUGUUUUGGUGCAUGGAUCAGCUGAAGCCACUGAACAUCUGAAGCAACACUGCCUGAAGUUUGUUUGCCCUCACGUAUAUGCUCCUCAAAUUGAAGAGACAAUUGACGUCACAUCUGAUUUAUGUGCUUACAAGGUUCAACUAUCUGAGAAGCUGAUGAGUAAUGUACUAUUCAAAAAGCUCGGAGAUUACGAAAUAGCCUGGGUUGAUGCUGAAGUAGGGAAGACGGAAAAUGGUAUGUUGUCACUGCUACCACUUUCAGCUGCAACUCCUCCACAUAAGUCUGUUCUUGUUGGUGAUUUAAAAUUGGCAGAUUUCAAGCAGUUCCUCUCCGCCAAGGGUGUUCAGGUGGAAUUUGCUGGUGGGGCACUGCGAUGUGGUGAAUAUGUAACUCUACGUAAGGUUGGUGAUUCAACUCAGAAGAGCAGUGGUUCUGGUACUCAGCAAAUAGUUAUUGAAGGUCCUCUGUGUGAGGAUUACUAUAAAAUCCGUGAAUAUCUCUACUCUCAGUUUUAUCUGCUUUAAAUAUGGAUUCAAGGAGAAACAUUUCUGAGGUGGUAAGUUGGGACUGUCUGCAAAGCAGCAAACAUACUAAAGAAUAUUUUGCAGGGCUUGAGAAGAAAACACACACCUCUAAUCUUUGUACCUCGUAGUAUCUUGAGGCUCCAACAUACUGUAACAAUUUGCAGAUACUAGAGAAUUUCGUCUGUUUGAUGCUUCACUGAACAUUUAACUGAAUUUGGAGUAUGCUAGUUAUUCUCUUUCUUCUAUGCAUAAGGGAAUAUGAGGGAAUAUAAUUUAGUUUGUGUAGCAUUGUUUUAAGUUUUAACCUGUGCAGGGAUAUAGUCAGAUUGGACUUGUAAUUAUUAAACUAUAUAUAAAUGGUCGAGACUAAAUCUCUUUCGAUGCUCA